AUGGCGGCACCAAAGGAUUCGCUGUUCCGCUCGUCGGACAUGUCGCUGACCCAGCUGUACAUGGCCAACGAGAUCGGACGCGAAGUCGUGAGCGCCCUGGGCGAAUUGGGCAUCAUGGACUUUAGAGAUCGCACCUUUACUCAGGAGAUCCGAAGACUCGACAAUGUCGAACGCCAGCUGCGUAAGCCAACCGCCCCCGUUGAGGAUAUAGAGCAAGAGACUGAGACAAUCAUGGACAGGNNCUACUUCAAGGCGCAGAUGGACAAGGCCGACAUCUCAAUGCGAUCCAUGUACGAGUUCGGCGACCGCCUGGCCGCCCCUUCGGCAUCCGAGAUCGACGAGCUGGUCGACCGUAGUCAGACUUUGGAGCAGAGAAUCCAGUCGCUGAACGACAGCUACGAGACGCUCAAGAAGCGUGAGAUGGAGCUGACCGAGUGGCGCUGGGUCCUUCGCGAGGCCGGUGGCUUCUUCGACCGCACUGACGAGAUCCGCCAAUCCAUCGACGAGAAUCACGACGACGAUGCACCGCUGCUGGCCGACAUGGAGCAGGCUCACAACGGUGAUGGCUCAGGCGAGCGCUCUUUCUCUGUUAUGAACAUUGGAUUCGUCGCCGGUGUCAUCCCUCGCGAACGCAUGGCCGCAUUCGAGCGCAUCCUCUGGCGUACCCUUCGCGGUAACUUGUACAUGAACCAGAGCGAGAUCGAGGAGCCCAUCAUCAACCCUGAGAACAACGAAGAGAUGCACAAGAGCGUCUUCGUCAUCUUCGCCCACGGCAAGGAGAUUAUCAACAAGAUCCGCAAGAUCUCCGAGUCUCUCGGUGCCGACAUUUACAACGUUGACGAAAACAGCGAACUGCGCCGUGAUCAGAUGCACGAGGUCAACACUCGCCUGCAGGAUCUGGCAAACGUCCUUUCCAACACCAAGCGCACCCUGGACGCCGAACUGACCAUGAUCGGUCGCAGUCUGGCCGCCUGGAUGAUUAUCGUGUCCAAGGAAAAGGCUGUCUACCAGACCCUCAACCGUUUCUCGUACGACCAGCAGCGCAAGACGUUGAUUGCAGAGGCUUGGUGCCCUACAAACUCGCUCGGUCUUGUCAAGUCGACUCUGCAGGAUGUCAACGACCGCGCCGGUCUCUCCGUUCCCACCAUUGUCAACACCAUCAAGACGUCCAAGACUCCCCCAACCUACAACAAGACCAACAGAUUCACCCUCGGUUUCCAAACCAUCAUCGACGCCUACGGCACUGCCAAGUACACCGAAGUCAACCCCGGUCUGCCCACCAUUGUCACCUUCCCCUUCCUUUUCGCCGUCAUGUUUGGUGAUUUCGGUCACGGUUUCAUCAUGACUGCUGCCGCCUGCGCCAUGAUUUACUGGGAGAAGCCCCUCCUGCGCUCCAAGCAGGACGAGCUCUUCUCCAUGGCCUUCUUCGGUCGCUACAUCAUGCUCAUGAUGGGUGUCUUCUCCAUGUACACUGGUCUCAUCUACUGUGACGCCUUCUCCAAGGAACUCGCCAUCUUCCCUUCCAUGUGGGAGAUUCCUGACUUCAAGGAGGGCCAGACUGUCAACAUGGUCCGCAAAGAGGGUUACACCUAUCCCUUCGGUAUGGACUGGCGCUGGCACGAUACCGACAACGAUCUUCUCUUCUCCAACAGUUACAAGAUGAAGCUCAGUAUUCUUCUCGGUUGGGCUCACAUGACCUAUUCCCUCUGUCUUUCCUAUGUCAAUGCCAAGCACUUCAAGACUCCCAUCGACAUCUGGGGUAACUUUAUUCCUGGCAUGAUCUUCUUCCAGUCCAUCUUUGGUUACCUCGUCUUCUGUAUCAUCUACAAGUGGUCUAUCGACUGGUAUGCCAUCGGCGCCAACCCUCCUGGUCUGCUCAACAUGCUCAUCUACAUGUUCUUGCAACCUGGUACUGUCGAGGAAGAGCUGUACUCUGGCCAAGCUGUCGUCCAGGUCAUUCUGCUUCUUGCUGCAGUAUGCUGCGUACCAAUCAUGCUCUUCUUGAAGCCUUUCUACUUGCGCUGGGAGCACAACCGUGCCAGAGCUAUGGGCUACAGUGCUGUCGGUGAAAGCCAGAGAGUCAGCGCCCUUGACGAUGACGACGACGAGCACCACGGCAUGAACGGCGGCGGUAGACAGAGCUUCGCCAGCGAAGACGGCGGCGCUGCCAUCAUCACCCAGGACAUCCACAGCGAGGAGCACGAGGAGUUUGAAUUCUCCGAGGUCAUGAUUCACCAGGUCAUUCACACCAUCGAGUUCUGUCUCAACUGUGUUUCUCACACCGCCUCCUACCUCCGUCUCUGGGCCUUGUCGCUUGCCCAUCAGCAGCUGUCGAUUGUGCUGUGGUCCAUGACCCUGGCCAACGCUUUCGCCUUCACCGGUGUUGCCGGCUCCUUUGUCAUCUUCUUCUUCUUCGUUGUUUGGUUCUUCCUCACUGUUGCCGUUCUGGUCGUCAUGGAGGGUACUUCCGCCAUGUUGCACAGUCUGAGAUUGCACUGGGUCGAAGCCAUGAGCAAGCAUUUCCUUGGUGAUGGUGUUCCAUUCGAGCCCUUCAGCUUUGAGACCAUGCUCGAAGAGGAAAUGGCUGAUCUGAAGUAG